CCUCGGAGUCAGCGCGCUCCAACGGUAUGUCUCCAUAGUGAUUUCUGAGCAAAGUCCCGUACCCAGCCAUUGCAACGUUGCAGAUACGCGGCAAGAACAUGUCCUCCAAACCACCCUACAUUUUGCCGCCUGCUGCUCCCUCUGUAGCUCCAGAUCGUGCGGCGACGAUCAUAUUCCUGCAUGGCUAUGGCGACGAUGCCGAGGGACUUCCGCUCGGCCUUGCCCAACAGUUCCACUUCUACAACAAGAUGCAGUGGCUGAAGUGGGUUCUACCUAAUGCCGAACACAACCACGACGCUAUGGAACGCGCCUGGUACAUGCCUAAAGCACUUCCCAACGCGAUGAAGCCACGAGUACCCGGUCAUGAGGACGACAAGCACGCAUCCGAUGAUGAAGCGGGUAUUAUCAAGAGCGUGGACUACGUCGACAAGCUGGUGGAAGAAGAGAUUGGGAGAGGCACACCCCCAGAAAGGAUUCUUGUCGGAGGGUUCAGUCAAGGAUGCGCGGUGAGCCUCACCUGGGGUCUCACAGGACGUUUCAGGCACAAAGUCGGAGGCAUGGUAUGCUUGAGUGGAUACUUCCCUCUGAGUGACAGGAUCGAAAGCCUGCGCGAAGAACGGUCUGCAGAAACCUCAGACGAGGCCGCUGUUCCCGAGAAGGGCGUAAAGAAGUGGUUCUAUGUUCACGGGACAAGGGACAUGCUCGUUCCAAGCAGGUUGUAUAGCCAGGGCAUAGAAGAGUUGUCGAAAUGGGUGGACAAGGCGGACAUCGAGGAGCACCUGUAUGAAGGUAUGGGCCAUUCCACAAGUGCAGCCGAGUUACGUGAUCUGCUCGGAUUCUUCGAGAAGGUCAUCCCGCAAUGAUGAGAGUGGAAAUCUCAUGAGUGGUGGUUGGCAUUUUCAUUUGCAUAGCGAGCGUGAUGUUUUCAGGUGCCAACCUGUCCGAGUAAAAUAAUCUCAGCCAUUUCUUCAAUCAACUGCCAAUUGAGGCCUGUCAGCCGCUGUCAUCCAGGCAUCUCAUCAUUCAUGUCGUAUCCCAUUUGCGUCUUCAUCCACCUGCUGUCUUUUGAGAUGCGCAAUUACACAGGGCAAGUCUGAAGUAUUUAUCAGACUCGUGCUUCAAGAGAUUGACAGAGUAACGGAAGAAUCGCAAGACAGAACCACUUACCGCGCCACAAGAGCUACAUGUUUUCGUGCCGCUGGCGAUCUUCUGACCACACUUGGGACAACCUUUGUCAUGCAUGUUGCUUGAUGUUCUUAGAACUCAGAUGUGCUUGAACGAGUGAUAGGCAAACGUGUACCGAAAUCGAGGAUAGGUCAGAGUGGGACUGGGG